AAAAUGAACAAAGUGGGAACAUCAGUAUUCGGGUGUUUUCCCAAUGAAAUUAUAGUACAAAUCCUUUCGUAUAUUCAUCCCAUUUAUUCCAAUCUUCUACGUUUACGUCUUGUGUGUCGCAAGUGGAAGAUUUUGAUCGAGAAAACAACUUAUUUAUGGAGACACAUACAUCUUGACGAUGACAAAGACUGGAAGCCCAAUCAAGAUGAAAAGUAUACACUGGUUUUGAGAGUUUGCCUCGAAAAGUUUGGAAGAUUUAUUCGGUGUGUCAGAGCAGAAGAGCAGAAGUACUGUUAUGACAACCAAAUACGAGAACUUUUGCUGUCGUUAACAAAUCUACAAAAGCUUGAUGUCCCUGUAUUGCUGUGGACGCGCUCGUACGCCGAAAGAAUGAAGCAAGCCUUUGGAUCAAAGAUAAAGCAUGUCACCAUCGAUGAUUGUAAGAUCUAUGAUAGCGACAACAUGACACGUCAAGAGAUCAAAAAAGCCGUGACUCGCGGACUAGAAGCUUGGGAUCUAAGGUUUAUUUACAGCUGGUUUCCUAACUUAGAAGUACUUUGCUUGCACACAAGUGUGCAUAAGAUUGCAAGAAAGAGCAUGGUAUCAAUUUUGAAUCCUUUAAAAUUAAAAGAGUUGCAUCUCGAGUUGACGCCGUACUCAAUAAAAGGAAGGCCAAGAAGAAGGCGUAUUGAGCCAUACCCUGUGUAUGAAAUCAUGAACUCGAAGCAUUCUUCACUCCUCACUAGUCUAGAACUGAGAUAUCUCAUCUUAACGUCAAAGGAUUUAAUGAUACUCACGGAGAGAUUAAAAGGACUAAGGAACUUAGUUGUUGGAUCAAUAUCUUCCAAGAAUACUGAGAGUGAUUUCAAUACAAGCCUUUGCCUGAAGUCUAGUAGUUUACGGGUCGUCUUUCUGUCUUCUUUACCCAGCUCGUGGACGACUUACAUCAAGCUUGUCAUGCCUGUACUGGAAGUAUUAGUUAUUGCCCAGUGCAUGGAUCUAACAGCAUUGACCAUCGAAGCCAACAGUUUACUAACACUUGUUCUGCGAGACAACUUCUCUCUUUGUUGCAUUAACGCAAAGUGCGAAAGCUUAACGGACAUACAGAUUGAAGACUGCAACGAAUUUACGUGGCAAAAGUUUAAGGAUCUCCUCAAAGUAUGUCCUUUUGUGGCGCGGAUUGAACUAUACACCGAGUGGAGUUCUAUCCUGCUCACUGCUGACGACUGCCCUGAGCUCCAAAAACUCAUCAUCAGAGGUUUGAAUUUCGAUAUGUGCCGAGUUAAUAUCGAUUGCCCGACUCUCGAGAUUUUCAAAUGCAUCGGACAUUGCGUCCCUAGCAAGAGACAAAGGAAUUCAAAAUCCACAGCUUUAGAUAUAUUGCUAAGCUGCCGCCAUCUAAGGAAGAUGAAUAUCAACGAUGUUUUUUACCUCGAGAAGCUCGUCAUCAACUGCCAAACGGUCGAUAUGAUAGCUGUCAGUGGACGAUCAUUAGUGUCCAAACCUCUGAAUGUCACUGUCAACGCGUCGAACAAAGUUGGUGAGAUCUCAUUACUUGAGCAAAGUGUAUCGACGGUCAGCGUGAACAGCCCAUCAAUGGGAGAGUUUAUCCUUAACGACUGCUGCCUUGCUGGAGACAACAAAUGCCGAUUGAAGUUUCAUUGUGAGAAUAUCCAAGCAAUGCGAGUGAUAAACUGUUCCAGUGUCAAAAGGUUUAGCCUUAGAGUGCCUCAUCUUGAUAGUCUGACUAUUGACUCAUGUCCCAAUAUGUCCGACCUUGACGUCAUCAGCGAUUGGAGUACUGUACGUCAAAUUAGGAUCAUGAACUGUCCACAGCUUAAUAAGGCGAGCUGAAUAACAACACUGAAAAAAUAAUUGAAUGAAGGAAAAACUGUAUUUUAAGUAAAAGGAUGUAAAUAAUACUGAUUUAUACGAAUAAACUUUAUUUAAGAAAUAUAAAA